AUGGCCUUGAACUGCACUAACAAGCUUAUAGCGGUAUGUCGCUUUGCAGAGCCGAUCGCAUUGACCUCCAUCUUCCCAUAUUCAUGGGUAAUGGUUAAGGAUUUCAAUAUUGGAGACAAGAGCAAUGCGUCCUUUUACGCCGGAAUUAUCAUUUCCGCCUUUGCCUUGUCGGAGAGCUUGACUGGAAUGUUCUGGGGAAGCCUGUCGGACAAAGUUGGUCGCAAGCCUGUUCUUCUCCUAGGAUGUGCUGGUACUGUCUUGUCUCUUAUGAUAGUCGGGUUUUCCCGGAACUUCUGGAUGGCUCUCCUCGGCAGAGUUGUUGGCGGCCUCCUGAAUGGUAAUGUUGGGGUUAUCCAGACAAUGGUUGGCGAAGUUGUUAAGAAUCCAGACCAUGAGCCGAUUGGAGGCACGUUUGCGCAGCCAUAUAAAUCCUUCCCUUCGCUCUUCUCUCCAUCAGGCUUAUUUGGUACCUUCCCUUACCUUCUCCCUAACAUAAUAUGUUCGCUGCUACUCUUUAUCAGUAUCUUUGCUGGGUACUUUUUCCUAAAUGAAACGCAUCCCGACCACCAACCCCAGCAUACGCGGACUGAAGGUGCAGAACAGCAUACCGAUGAGGAUGAUAAUGACACUAUUGGUGCUCCACUUUAUGCUGUUGCCACAGCGGGAUCUACAGCUCACGCUGGUGCAGACUUGACUGCCAAGUCAUAUGGCACUUUCAACGAGGUUGACAUGCACGAGGAUGAGGAAUGGUAUGUCAGGCCAGAUGGGAAGUCCCUUCCAGCCCCGGAUGCGGGUAAAGUCUUCACAAAGCGUGUGACUAUGCUCAUAAUCGCCUUGGGUAUCUUCACCUAUCACUCCAUGACCUAUGACCAUCUUCUCCCGAUUUUCCUUCAGGAUCAGCGAGACGGACUUAUCAAUCACCGCCCAACCUCUCCGCUGGACAUUCCAGGGGGAUUAGCCCUAUCCACGCAAACUGUUGGCUUGAUCAUGGCCGUUAACGGAGUUAUUGCCCUGGUAAUCCAGGCCUUCGUCUUCCCUGUUGUCACCGAAUGGUUAGGCGUAUGGAGCGUCUUCGUUCUCGUCACUAUCCUCCAUCCCGUGGCAUACUUUAUUGUGCCUUUCUUGGUUUUCCUGCCAAUCCGCCUCUUAUACCCUGGCAUCUACACAUGCCUUACGAUCCGAAAUCUUUUCUCCAUCCUGGCCUAUCCCGUGCUGCUCAUCUUGAUCAAGCAAGCCAGCCCGUCGUACAAUACCCUCGGAAAAAUCAACGGCCUUGCUGCAUCCGCUGGAGCAGCCUGUCGAACACUUGCCCCGCCGAUUGCCGGGUACCUUUAUACUGUCGGGACCCGAAUUGGGUUUACCGGAAUUGCCUGGUGGGCUAGCAGCCUAGUCGCUAUCUUUGGAGCCCUGCAACUUUGGUUUAUGAGCGGUAAACCACACACAAGUGUUUCCAUACUGGCUCGCCCACCUUGCUUUUCCAGACAUGUGGAAACUCAUCCUCCCAUCAUCCACGUCCAUGUGGAAGAGCAAGAGCAACCGACGCCACAUGAACGUCAGCCAUUGGUAUAA